AUGGCUAAUUUGCCAGAUACUGAAAAAAAAUCAACCGUUGAAUCGAGUGUACCAUCUGAAGAUGAUGAUGGAGUGGACCCUCGAGUUCAAAUUGAAUUAGAACGAUUAAAUCAUGCAAAUGAAGCAAUUAAUCAUUUAGAAUUACAACUUGAUGAAGCACGAAAAAAUCUCAAAGAAUUUUGUGAUACAACUGAAGAAGAAUUAAUUCAAUUAGAAAAAAAUAUUGGUUCAGCUGUAAAUAAAGCACGAAGUUAUUAUGAAGCUCGAAUUCAAUUACGACAUAAAAAAGAAGCAUUAACUAAAGCAAAACAUCGAUUUGAACGUGCACAAACUUUACAUGUUGCUGCUAAAGAAUUAGCUGUAGCUUCGGCUGAUUAUAUUGAUGAAGCUGAAAAAUCAAAUCAAAAUCCAGAAAAAUGGAGUGAAACAUAUGGUCAUGCUCUUGCAAAAGCAGCUGAUGCUGAACGAGAAAAAUAUGCAGCUGAUUCAGAUCAGCAACGUGCUGAACAAGCUUAUUCUGAAGUAGAAAAAUCAGUUGAAAAAUUACAAAAAAAUUAUCGACGUGCAAUUAAUAAAUCACAACCUUAUUAUGAAAAAAAAGCUGAAUAUCAUAAAGAAUUAGAUUUUCAAAAACGUAAAGUUUAUGGUCUUGAAAAUUGUGUUAAUGAAGCUAAAGCACAAUAUCAAGAAUCAUUACGUAAUCUUGAAAAAAUAAGUAAUGAAAUUCAUGCACAACGAAACCAAGGAAAAUUACCACUUGAACCUAAUGAACGAAUAGAUGGUGCCGGUGAAGAACAAAACAAAUUACCAUCAUCAAUGAUUACAUCAAGUCCAUCAUCAUCACCUAAAAUUUAUUCAACAAAACGAUUAAAUCGUCCUGAACAAUUACUUCGUUCAUGUUUACUUCGUACAGAAGUAUUACCAGCUGGAAUAUUUGCUAAUACAAGUGGUCGUACGUCACCUGAAAAUGAUGAAAUAACACCAACAAAUUUUAAUGAUCAAUUUAUUCUUUCUUCACAACAACCACCACAAAUUGUUAUUAUUAAUUCAGAUACAGAAUCAAAAAACAUGUUUCAUCAUACUCAUCAAAGAAAAAUAAGUGAUGAUUAUUCAUCACAAAUAACUGAUGAUGAAGAUGAUAGAACAGGUUCUCUUCAUGUUCUAACUGAUGAACAACUUGAACAUUUAGCUUCUGUUUAUCAUCCUCUUCCACCACCACCAUCAUCAUCAUCAUCAUCAUCUGAGACAGACACAAUCGACGAACUUCUUUUACAGUUAAAAAACUCGAAAUUACAGGCUACAACAUUUUUUCGUAAUCUUUUUAAAAAUAAUACUAUACAAAAAUGA